AUGAUGAUGGACUCGUCUCCGGGAAGCAAGGCCCUGGAGCCCUCGCCGCGAGACCUGGCCGGCACAAAGCGUCCUGCGCCCUCACUGCUGCCGGCCUUUGAGCCUCUCUCGUCAUCCCCGGCCCUGCCCAGGCCCUCAAAACGCCAGAACGUCGCUGGUGUUGCCUCCAAUGCCUACCUCAAGUAUCCCACGCCCGUCCCGACCUCCAGCACCGGCAUCCUCUCCUCCUCUCCGCCACGCGUCCAGUCCCGUCCUGGUCUGCAGCGGACACAGAGCAUCGUGUCCGAGCGUGCUCCUCUCUCCGCCGUGCCCUCAAUUGAGCUCAACGAGAACGGUGAGACGCUGCUGAUGGGCAGGUCAAGCAACUCAUCCCAGUACCAGCUCUCCGCAAACCGUCUAAUAAGCCGCGUCCACGUCAAGGCCCGGUACAUAGCCGCCUCCAACCCGCUGGAGCCGAACAAGGUCGAGAUCAUAUGCAAUGGGUGGAACGGUCUCAAGCUGCACUGCCAGGGCCGGACGUGGGAGUUGGCAAAGGGCGACACCUUCACCAGCGAGACGGAGAAUGCAGAGAUCAUGAUCGAUGUGCAGGAUGCGCGGGUGCUCGUCAAUUGGCCCAAGAAGGACCGGGCCGAGGCGCUGGGGAAUCUGUCCGACUCGAGCUGGGACGACUCGCCUCGCUCGGCUCGAAAUGCCGGCGGUGCCCCUGGCGCGUCCGGGCUGCUGCAGUCGAGUCCGCUCAGGAGAACGACGCGUAUCAAAUCGCCCGAGUCGCCCACGCCAGCGAACCACUCCGGUUCCAGCAAUAACGACCUGUCGAACCUGCUGCCGGACAGCACAGACAAUGGCGUCGCCGUCGAGAUCUACGAGGAUGCGAGCGCGGACGAGGAGCCGGAGCUGCCCAAGCACUCGGACGAGCAGGCUGCUGCCAGCUUCGUGACCGAGAUCACUAACAGCUUCUCGAGUGACUUGAGUGAACCCCUGUCUGAAGAUGAGAAUGACCCCAACGAGGAAAAUGACCCGAUCAUCCACUCCUUUGGCCCUUUCGGAGCCAAUCUCAAUAACCGCCUUGCCUCCUUCACCACAGAGUCGCCUAAGAAAGGCAGAUCGCUCAGCGGCAGCGCAGACUCCAUCACCGUCGCAUCUGCGUCAAGGGCACUGUCCGCCGUUGCCGGCUCCGAGUCAACGGGCUCUACGACUCCUCGACAAGGCAGCGUCAAGCUCGAGGACACAAUUGCCGAGGACAUGAAGAAGGUCGACGUACCGACCAUCACCAACCACGUCGUCAACCAGCUGGCCUUCUCGCGCCUGUCGUCCAACCCCCUGACUACCAUCAUGAGCAACCUCCCCGCCGAGGAAAAGAGGGAUCUCACCAAAGAUGUGCUGCGUCGCAUUAUUGAGACGACGAUCUGUAUUGGUAUCAUUCCCCGCCAGGGCAAGGACGCGGCCGGAAAGCCGCUAGAGAGCGAGUACUACUAUGUCCCUGAGGCAGAUACGGACGACAACCGAAGAGCGGCGGUGGUGGACGGCCUGCGCAAGCCCAGCCUGCGAAAUUGCAGGAAGCACCAUGUGCAAUAUUACUGGAAGAGACCAAGGACGCCGUAA